CGGAGGGCGGGGCUUGAGGAACCGGAAGUGCCGAGGCCUCUGGUGCUGUCUUCGCUGCCGCCGCUUUUAAGUCUCUUCAUCCACUGACUGGGUGUCGCGGGGGUCGCCGCCGAGGAAGCUGCUGUGGCCCUGACGGGAGCGGAGGCGGCGCGGCAUGAAGCGGCGUAGGCCCGCUCCAUAGCGCAUCCGGACGGUCCGGGCGGGCCCGGGGGAAGGAUUGGAUGGUGAGAAAAGGAAAGAUUCCUGUGAGAAGAGAUCAGGAUGAACGGAGAGAUCUGUGCUUAAAGUUGGGCCAGGUGAAAAUGAUCUCUUUGAAAAUAGAAGAGAUCUGAGCAGAUGAAAAUACCAUCAGGAAGAUGCAACAUGGCAGCAGCAAUGGAAACAGAGCAGCUGGGUGUCGAGAUAUUUGAAACUGCAGAGUGUGAGGAGGGAAAUGGAGAAUCACAGGACCGACCCAAACUGGAGCCCUUUUAUGUUGAACGGUAUUCUUGGAGUCAGCUGAAAAAGCUGCUCGCUGAUACAAGAAAAUACCAUGGCUACAUGAUGGCUAAGGCGCCACAUGAUUUUAUGUUUGUGAAGAGGACAGAUCCAGAUGGACCUCACUCAGACAGGGUCUAUUAUCUUGCCAUGUCUGGUGAGAACAGGGAAAAUACACUAUUUUAUUCUGAAAUCCCUAAAACGAUCAACAGAGCAGCAGUCUUAAUGCUUUCUUGGAAGCCUCUUUUGGAUCUUUUUCAGGCGACACUAGACUAUGGGAUGUAUUCUCGAGAGGAAGAGCUACUCAGAGAAAGAAAGCGCAUCGGAACUGUGGGAAUCGCAGCUUAUGAUUAUCACCCAGGAAGCGGAACGUUCCUGUUUCAAGCUGGUAGUGGCAUUUAUCAUAUCAAAGAUGGAGGUCCACAUGGAUUUACACAACAGCCUUUACGGCCCAAUUUAGUGGAAACUAGUUGUCCCAAUAUACGAAUGGAUCCAAAGUUAUGCCCUGCUGAUCCAGAUUGGAUAGCUUUCAUUCACAGCAAUGAUAUUUGGAUAUCAAACCUCGUAACCAGGGAAGAACGGAGGAUCACCUAUGUGCACAAUGAGCUAGCCAACAUGGAAGAGGAUCCCAGAUCAGCUGGUGUUGCCACCUUUGUUCUUCAAGAAGAAUUUGACAGAUACUCUGGCUACUGGUGGUGUCCCCAAGCUGAAAUAACUCCUAGUGGUGGUAAAAUUCUUAGAAUUCUCUAUGAAGAAAACGAUGAAUCUGAAGUGGAGAUUAUUCAUGUUACGUCCCCCAUGUUGGAAACGAGGAGGGCAGAUUCCUUCCGUUAUCCUAAAACAGGCACAGCAAACCCAAAGGUCACUUUCAAGAUGUCCGAGAUAGUUGUCGAUGCUGAAGGGGGGAUUAUAGACGUCAUAGAUAAAGAACUGGUUCAACCUUUUGAGAUUCUGUUUGAGGGAGUUGAAUAUAUUGCCAGAGCCGGCUGGACUCCAGAGGGAAAACAUGCCUGGUCCGUCCUACUAGAUCGUUCCCAGACUCACCUGCAAAUAGUUCUUAUCUCCCCUGAGUUAUUCAUCCCAGUAGAAGAUGAUGCCAUGGAUAGACAGAGACUCGUAGAAUCAGUUCCUGAUUCUGUGACACCACUGGUCAUCUAUGAAGAAACAACAGACAUCUGGAUAAAUAUCCACGAUAUUUUUCAUGUUUUUCCUCAAACUCAUGAAGAUGAAAUUGAGUUUAUCUUUGCCUCUGAAUGCAAAACAGGUUUUCGUCAUCUGUAUAAAAUUACAUCCAUCUUAAAGGAGAGCAAAUAUAAACGGUCCAGUGGUGGACUGCCUGCCCCAGGUGAUUUCAAGUGUCCUAUCAAAGAGGAAAUAGCAAUUACCAGUGGUGAAUGGGAAGUACUUGGCCGGCAUGGAUCUAAUAUCUGGGUUGAUGAAGCCAGAAAGCUGGUAUACUUUGAAGGCACCAAAGACUCUCCUUUGGAGCAUCAUCUGUAUGUGACCAGUUAUGCAAACCCUGGCGAAGUGGUGAGGCUGACUGACCGUGGCUACUCACACUCCUGCUGCCUCAGCCGGCAUUGUGACUUCUUUAUAAGUAAAUACAGCAACCAGAAGAAUCCGCAUUGUGUGUCCCUCUACAAACUCUCAAGUCCUGAGGAUGACCCAGUUCAUAAGACAAAGGAAUUUUGGGCCACCAUUUUGGAUUCAGCAGGUCCUCUUCCUGACUACACCCCUCCAGAAAUUUUUUCUUUUGAAAGUACCACUGGAUUUACACUGUAUGGAAUGUUGUAUAAGCCUCAUGACUUACAACCUGGAAAGAAAUACCCCACUGUACUCUUCAUAUAUGGUGGUCCCCAGGUGCAGCUGGUGAACAACCGGUUUAAAGGAGUCAAGUAUUUCCGCCUGAACACCCUGGCCUCCCUGGGAUACGUGGUUGUCGUGAUAGACAACAGGGGAUCCUGUCACCGAGGGCUUAAAUUUGAAGGCGCCUUUAAAUAUAAAAUGGGUCAAAUAGAAAUUGAUGAUCAAGUAGAAGGACUCCAGUACCUAGCAUCUCAGUAUGACUUCAUUGACUUGGAUCGAGUGGGCAUCCACGGCUGGUCCUAUGGCGGCUACCUCUCCCUGAUGGCAUUAAUGCAGAGGUCGGAUAUCUUCCGGGUUGCCAUUGCUGGGGCUCCCGUCACUCUGUGGAUCUUCUAUGAUACAGGGUACACGGAGCGCUAUAUGGGCCACCCGGACCAGAAUGAGCAGGGCUAUUACCUAGGGUCUGUGGCCAUGCAAGCGGAGAAGUUCCCCUCAGAGCCAAACCGUCUACUCCUCUUACACGGGUUCUUGGAUGAGAAUGUUCACUUUGCACACACCAGUAUAUUGCUGAGUUUUUUAGUGAGGGCUGGAAAGCCCUAUGACUUACAGAUCUACCCUCAGGAGAGACACAGCAUCAGAGUCCCUGAGUCUGGAGAACACUAUGAACUGCACCUGCUCCACUACCUUCAGGAGAACCUUGGAUCACGUAUUGCUGCUCUGAAAGUGAUGUAACUUUGACUCAUGUAGAACUCGGUGUACACUGUCUAACCAAACAAGAAAGGCUAGCCAAUAGAGAAGCCAGAGUUGAUGAACCUACUUUUGUACCCGCCACAUAAGAUCUACUUCUGAAAGUAAAUUUGGUGCCAUGCAGACAUCUGUAGUUCAUGGAUAGUAAUCAAAUACCUUAACCAUGCACAUAGAAUUGAGUGACAUGUUCCCAAGGGACUGAACAGUACCUGAGGAUACUGAAGGAGUCAAGGCACCAGCGCCACAUAUUCAGACUAGGCUACUUUUACUUUACUAGCAGUAUAAGCCUCUUGGACUUGAUUAGUGGACUUUACAGUAUACUCUGAGUUUGUUAAAAUAUGAUGGUAGUAGUGAUUGGUUUGGUCCAAUUCCAGGAUCUCUGACUAGUUAUGGAUUCAAUAGCACUUAUGUCUAAUUGGAUAGCCUCAUCACUUGGGGUGUGCCCAGCAUGCCAUGAACUAAAUACUAUUAAGCUUUUGACUUUCUCAGUCAUUAAUAAUUUUUCAAGGAUAACUUAGUGGCCUCCUAAAGAUACUUACUUGGUUGGGCUCUGACCAGUUUUUUAACCAAUUUAAACAGCAUCUAAUGUAAUUCUCCUUUUGCUUUAAUAUGAUGGAGUGGGGUUUUCUUUCACAUAAAGGCAAGUAACUAAUGUAGCAUGAGUUUAAUCACAAGUCUCAAGAUGGUGACAAUUAUAGGCAAAAAAAUUUUAAUCAAAUUAUUUGAGAGCUUGAAAAUUAGCAGGCAAGUUUUUUUCUCCUUUUAGAAACAGAACAUGUACACAUUUACUUGUAUUCUGAAAAUAUAAUGGUGCCGUUUCUAUUUGGCCUUUCCUUAAAGUGUUCCCUAGUUUCCAGGAGGUAAAAGGGUUACAGUAAGAAGGGGAGACCCUGGUGCAGCGAAUGACCAGGAAGGACCAGGAGCAAGACUCUAAGAACUGAGCAGAAAUAGUUCAACAGGAAUACUCAUGAGAAAAACCAGGGUAAAUGUAAACCCCUGAGUGGCUGGGAACCAGAGCUAGGCAGUCAGGGUUUGCCAGCACAGCUACAGAGUCAACCUUCGGAGCGGUUACUUUUAUAAUUCCAGCUUUUUGUUAUUUUUCCUUUUAACUUUAAAAACCUUACAAAUCUAAACUUUAACUUUUUUAUUUGAAUGUAACUUAGAUAUCGCUAGCUUAAAAUAAAAAGGUUUCCAGACCACUUCUUUGCCGUAAGCGAAUCCCUGACAAACCUUGGCACUCUGUGUUGGAAGCCUGUCAACAGUUGUGUUACUCAGCCAUACCACUCUCCUGCUCCAGCCUUCCUGCGUGGCCGGGGAGGGAUGCAUGAGCUUCCAAGUGCGGCUGCCACCUGCCCGUAGGCCCUGCAGGACUAGAUGGGUCUCACUGCAGCCAGACACCUGUGGGUUUGCCCUCAUUAAUCACAAACCCCAGUGUCUACAGUUACCAUAACUUAAAAAUCACUCCAAGAAAAGUCGCUGUGUUUUUUUCUCACUGCCACAUCAGAUCCCUUUCCAAGAGAGCACAGUGAAGACAGGGACUGCCAGGUAGAGGUGGAUGCUUCGAGAAGCCUGGAGAUAAAGGGCCAGUGACCGUGGGCAUCUGUCCUGGGAAGGGAGGGCUGGGUUUGCCAGCUGUGUAUUUAUGUUGUAUGAUAGAUCCCUCACUUUUCUUAUUGUCUAUUUUGACUUCCAUGCUUAUGACAUUUUUCUCGUGCCAAAAUUUGUUUAUAUUUUUUAAGUUAAAUUAAACUGAUUUGGGUAACUUUCCUUCCCCUACAAAAGUAUUUUCCCCAUGACUUAUGUCUAUUUUGACUGUUAAGGGUGACAUUUGCUUGAUUAACUAGCCUCUAAAAGCUGCUUCUUACAUUCUAGGUAGGCAUGACAUGAAAUAGCUCCCAGCCAUCCAUUUGCUUUGUAUGGAGACAUCUUAUUUUAUGCAGACAAACCUUAGAAAACCUCGAUAAUCCUAGAUUCUUUCUGCCUUCUCUCCGGCUGUCACAGGAGUGCAUCUACAACUGUCCUUUAAAUGCCUUCUUCUCUAAGAGGGAAAGUGCUCGACUCACAGAAGGUGGCUUGACCAGGCUUGCUUGUCAGCACCAGUGAGAAAGGCAUCAGUCAUUUGGAGCAAUCAGAAGCCACUCUAACACUGUCCUCUCAUUGGAUGUCAGUGGAAGAGGCACGCAUCCCUGAGAGUAGAGUGUGGUGGGAGCCAGAGAGCACUCAGUAAGGACCAAAGUGUGGGGUUUUCACAGGCUUGGUAGCAAGAGCUACUGUACGUUCAGAGCAGCAGGACUCAUCCAGGACCCCAAGCACAAGAGCCUGCUCUCAGAAGCAUGAGCUCAUUUGUGUGGGGGAGACCAGAGCACACAUUUCUAGAACAGUGAGCUUCCUGGGCAUGUCAGGUGGUCUGCAGGCUUUUGUAAACUUUCCGUAAAGAACGCAGUUGCAAUCAGAACAGGUGACUUGCAAUCAGAGAACCAGCUACACGGUGGCUGGUUGUUAUGAACCCAAAACAGUAGUCAAGGAAACUCCUCAGCUGCGAUGCAAAGUACUCUUCAUGCCCUUAGUCUGUAUUUGGGCAUGAUGGCUUUUCCCAUUCCUGGCUCCUCCAAAGCCUCACACAGAAAGAUAAAGCCACAAUGCACACUUGUUCCUUUAAAACCAUGAGCCACCACAUAUGCGUGCGUUCAGGUACUUCCUGCCUUUACCACAUGGUUCUCUCUGCUGUUGGGAGGAUUCCAGUCAAACUUCCAUUGCUACAGAAUCAUACAUUUUCCAGCUGGAACAAAUCUUUAACAUAAUCCAGUGCAUUCAUCUGCUGGGGUGAAAAAAAAGCCUAUGUUCCAGAGAGAAAGAAACAUACCCAGGACCCCACAGUUAGUACUCAGACCCAAGGUCCAUCUGUGGCCUGUUUCAUGGUAGCUAUGUGAUAUUUAAGAAAGACAUGGUUUUUUAAGAAGUAUUUAUUAAUAUAUUCUGAUAAAACAUUUUAAAGAAAGCCACAUAAAAAUGGUUAAUGUCCCCUUUCUAAAUAAAUGCUAAGCAUGCUUAUUAACGAAGCAGUACUAACGGGUAUGUGGUGCUCUGAAGCUCAUUUAAAUCAUUAUAUUAAAUGUCUUCCUUGGUGACACGGAAGAUAGACACACAGAACGUUUGUAUAAGCCUAGGAACCCAUCAUCCUCCAAGAGCCUCAGCCAGGUCUACACUACGCAUAUGAGAGUAUCUCCCAGCAGAUGGAAGGAACUGGAAACAUCCCAACUGUGGCCUUUCCAGCCCCACCCC